GGUCUCUCUGGCUUUAAGAAAAACUUUUCAAACAACAGACAUUAACCCCCUGAAAUGCGGAUCUGAGCCGUAAGGAGGGUGGCCAAUUUUGGUUGGACCUCUUCCCCGAGGUUUCAUCACAUGACCUAAUCUGUAACUAAAGAUGAAUCAUUAAUUUCUGGAGAUUCCAGGACUAUUCUGGAGUAUUGGUUGGUAACCUUAGUCAUGAGUCACGUGGGCUUGGUUUUAUAGGGGACCAGGAGAGAAUAUCAAAGUUUUCGUUUUUUUCUCUGCAUCAGAGCAAAGGUGUGUCUGGAGCUGGCUUGAUUGCUAAUCAGUGGAGAUGAAACAAGAAAUUGGCUUCUCCUAAUCCUGGCCUGGCCCUUAAUCACAAGUGUUGAGACCAUUUCUCCAUCAAUUCCCAGCUGUAGAAGACAUCAGUGAUGUGUGCUAGCCUGCCAGGACACAAUGCAUGCCCUCCCAGCUCCAGGAACUGGCCAUAUUCACACCUUUCCCUUUUCAUAAAUCAGACACAUCUGAGUCACAGAAGCAAUCUGGGCUCAGACCAGCAACCCCCUAGAUUUGGUCUCAACCUGCCCUUGGUUCCACAGUGCUGCACUCUGGAAUGCCAAACUGGCCCUUUCCUGGGUGUCAUGGGGAGCCUAUUACUAGCUCUGUAGCUGUUGCAGUGAUAAAAGGAGAACUUCUAAGUUCUCUUGAUCCUACAUGUUUCAGAAAGGAAAGCUCUUUCAGAGAAGGAGGGGUUUGAUAAAGCAUCGAUCAGUGGAAGGGGUCAGAAAUGGAUAGUCCCUUAUUUUUGUUUUAAAUGUAAACUUCCUAAAUUCUGUUUUCACAGUUCGUGCUGUGAUUUAGCUUGGCUUUGCUAUGUUGCUUGUAUUUGCUAUAGAGGCUCCAAGUAGGGAUCAGGAACUCCUUUUGCUCUGCUCUGUAUAGCAUACGCAUAACAAAAGGAAGGUCUGUGCCCCAAAGAGCUUACAAUCUAACUAUGUGAUGAGACAAACACAUGCAUCCAACAGACAUAUGGAGGAGCACAAGGUAACAGAGAGACACAAUUUUUUUGUCAAAUUAACUACUGUCUCCUGAGGAGGUGGAUUAACUACCCUUCCUGUUGCUGUAGGAAGUGUCUAUGCUGAAGCAUAGACCAGCCGCAAGACACACACUGCAUUCAGUGUGCCAUAGGAGGGCUGUGUUGGAGCAGGGAAUUGAACCCAGGUCUCCUGAAUCCUGGGCUAGAGCACUAACUCCUGGGCCAUCUUUCCUCUUGAAAAUCAAAAUCAUGAGUCAUUGACAUAUUGCUUAACAGCUCUGUGCCUCGGUUUACCUAACCGUAAAGUAGGGAUUAAUAUUCGUCUCCUUGCAUAGGAUGUUGAAAGGACUUUUAAUUAAUGUGUUUUUUAAAGUCAACAUGUAGAUCCUCAGGAGAAAGGUACUACCGAAGUGUGUAUUUAUUAUUUAUUUUAUUUAGUAGCAGUUUUUCUUUUGCUAGGGAUCCAGUUUCUGAGUGUGUGUUAUGGGCCUGAGAUGUGGGUGUACUGUAUAUUUAGUACAAAAAGGCAGGGAGAAGUAUUAUAGGUCAUCCGUAAAGAGAGGGAAGUUGGGGGGGGUUGCCCCUUUUUGCUUCUGUAUGUUGUGUGAAAGUUGUGAUACUUUUUUUUCCCUCUUGUUUUUUCAUACUGGAAAUUGAGGUCCUUGGUAGGCUGGAAGACUGCGGAACUAAAGCAAUGGUUCAAUCAUCAGCAAUAUCUGAGAGUAGAGCCGAGCCCAGCAGCCACAACUGUGGUGAUGGAGAAUAUCUGCAUCAAGACUGCUGCUGUAAAUACUGUCCUGCUGGCACUUAUGUUAGUAAACACUGCAAGGUUCCACAUACAGAAGGAAUUUGUUACCCUUGCACAGAUGGAGAGGAUUAUACUGCUCAUGCAAAUGGCCUAGAUGAAUGCCUUCGAUGUAAACUGUGCAAAGAAGAUCAAGUAACUGUGAACACCUGCACUUCGAUGAGCGAUACUGAAUGUCAGUGCAAGCCAGGCUAUUUCUGUCCGACUCAGGACUGUGAGAUGUGUUACAGGUGCAAGUCAAAGUGCCCAGAAGGGAAAGAAAUUGUACAAAAAUGCAAUGCUACAGUUGACCUGGAGUGUGGCCAUCCUCCCAUAGGGACUGCGAAUGCUGCAGGUUGGAUUGGUGGGGUCAUCGUUAUGUUCGUUCUUUUUGUGGUUGGGUGCCUUCUUUUUCUUUUCCUUAAGAAAAGGAUAUCAUAUAAUAAAACAAAUAAAGAAAACAAAGAUGCAGAAAAAGAUGUGGAGUCGGAGGAUAGCACUGAAAUUUUCUUUGCACCAGAAAUGGAGAAUGCUAAUGCUAGUGCACCCAUUUUAGACAUCCAAAACUCUGUUCAGAGUCCACCAGUUUUAGCAGUUAAUAGUCCUGAUUCUCUACUAAGAAAUGAAUUGCCUGAGGAUACCAGUGUUGCAUUUUCUGAGAGAAGUGGCCUACUUCUAAAUGGUGAAAACAACUCAUGGGAAGAGUCUUACCACAGGACUGCAGGAUAUUCAGCACCAAACAAGCGUCCAGACAAGCCCAAUUUUGUCUCCCACCCUGGACAGUCAAAUGGUGGGAUGUCCGUAUCUCAGACGGUCAGGGAUUCUGAAGCCAGGCCUCAUAUAAAAGUUAAAGAGCUUUCUCGAGAAGCACUAAGUGACAGUUUUUAUUAUUUUAUGAAAGAAGUGCCAUCACGGAACUGGAACAUGUUUAUGAGAACUCAUCUAACAGAUAAUGAAAUAUAUAACACAACUUUUGAACAUCCAACAAAUAUUGAAGAGCAAAAUUAUCAGAUGUUAAUCAUUUGGAGAAACAAAUUUGGAAAUGAGGCUUCCAUUAUUAAAUUAUUAGAUAGCCUAUGGAAUAUAGGACUUAGAAGGUCUCAUGAAAACAUAGUAAACCAUUUAAUAAGUAAGGAUAUUAUAACUAUACUAGAGGCCGAAGACUAAUGAGUAUACUAUUAUCAACAAAAAAACCAAAGCCAAAAGGAUCUGUAAACUCUAUAGAUAUGUUUCUAUGCACAACCUUGCUUUAGUGCAUAUUGCCAUUUUUUUUUUAUUGUUGGUUUAAGAAAACUUGAAAAUAUCAACAUAAAAACUACUGGUAAAACAAAUAGAGAAAUGAGUUCAGGUAUCUUCACUGCAACUCGUGUCCUCUAGAAUAGCGGAGUCUCAGAAAUGUAUCUUACAGGACUCUACUUGACAUUUGUUAAACGAGACAAGGAUUCAAGUUGCUGUGUUCACUGAGAAUGUGUCCUGAGUUGUAAUACAUUAAAUAAACUUGGGUACCCUUUUCAUGUUCAGCUGAGGAAAGAACAUAAGUGUAUGUUAAACUAUAUAAUAAACUUUGAAUACUGUUAUGUCUUGGGAAAUGAGAACUGUAAGGGGAACCUCACCGUGACUGGAUGGAGUGAUUUGUUGUCAUUGAAGGUUUUGAAGCAUAUUGUCAUUUUAUUAUCUGCACUGAUAAACUGGACCAAACAACAUCCAGAAUCUUAAUUUAUUUUUUAUAUGCAGCGAAGAAUGUACUUAUGAGAACACUGUAAUAUGAAGAGAUUUGUAGAGUUUUAGGCCAGAAUGGAGCAUUAGACCAUCAAGUUUGAUCUCCUCUAUAAUUCAGGUCAUUAAAUUUCAGCCAGUUACCUUUGUACUGAGCCAAUAACUUAUGUUCAGCUAAAGCUUAUCUUCCAAAAAAGCAUCCAGUCUUGAAAUAAAGACAUCAGGAGAUGAAGAAUUCACCACAUCCCUUGAUAAUUUGUUCCAAAGGCUAAUUGCGCUCACUGUAAGGAAUUUAUGCCUUAUUUCUAAUUGGAAUUUAUCUAGCUUUAGCUUCUAGCCAUGAUUCAUCUAGCAGAGAAAGGAAAAAUACGAAAGAGCCCUUUAGUACCUGGGAUUUUCUCCCCAUGAAGGUGACUUGGAUACUGAUCCAAGUACCUCAUCUUUUUGAUAAGAAGAAAGAGCUCUUUAAGUCAUCCACUGUAAAGCAUUUUCUCUAGCCCGUGAAUCAUUUUUGUGGCUCUCUUCUGUAACUUUUCCAAAUUUUCAACAUCCUUUUUCAAGUGUGCACACCAGAACUGUAUACAGUAUUCCAGUCUCACCAGUGCUGUAUACAGAGGUAAAAUCACCCCGCUACUCUACUCACUAUCCUGUUUAUGCAUCCGAAGAUUACAUUGGCCCUUUGCCACAGCAUCACACAGGAAGCUAAUGUUCAGCUGUUUCUUUAAAUCCUUUUCAUAGUCACUGAUUUCCAGGAGACAGUUCCCCAUUCUGUAGGUAUGGUCUGCAUUUCUUGUUCCUAGAUGUAUAACUUUGCAUUUGGCUUUGUUUGAAUGGGCUCAGCUUACCAAUAAACAGCCUAUACAUCUGUUUUUAACAGUACUCUUAAAUGCUGUAUUUUUAUUGUCCAAUCUUAAAAUUAUGCAAAUUGAAUUUCUACUUCAUACCUAUUAUGAUGUACUUUAUAUUUUGCUAUUAAAAGAUUUUUCACUC